UCCACCUCUCUUCUACGAAAGAGGGAAAGCAUCGGUGUUGACGGUGACUCCGUCAAGGGGGCGAUUCGAGCAUCAACAGCAAGUUUGUAGACACUGAACAAUUUCGAAGCUAAGUAACAAUUUCAACAUUUCUCCUCCUCAAAAAUGGCCCUCUCCCUCUCAUCUUGGUCUUCUCCUACUACUUCAUUUCUCUCUCUGCCUCGGAGAUUCCUUAUCCCUUCCUUCAAGCUUCAUGCCUCUGUUUCUUCCUCCAUCCGUCCUCCGCCCAAGGUCGUCCUUACAAGGGAGCUCGGCAAGAACAACAAGCUCAUCGAUGCUCUGGGAAGAAGGUUCUAUGCAGAGGAAGGUAGAGGUACUUCAUGAUUUGAGGCAUUUGUUGUCGAAGUCUAAGGUGCCUCUUGUUGAAGCAGCCUUCAAAGUUGGGGCAAUUCCUAUUCUUGUGCAGUGUCUUUCAUUUGGAUCACCAGAUGAGCAGGUCUAGAAAUUUUGACUUUUUGUUGUGGUAGUAUAUAGCUAGUUUAAACAUUUCUUGUAUAGGUCAUUCUUGCUAGAAAUCGGAAGCUAAUCACUUAUUCAACAUUCACAACUUAGGAGUAAGAUUUUCCUAUUUAUUACAUGCUUUUGGGAGUGCAUGCAUUGGUAAUGUUCAUUCAUAUUGUGGAUGCGUGCUUGUGCUUCUAUGGCUAUGUGCAGUAUUCUAGUUCUCUAAUGCCUCUCACAGGAAAAAGAAAAAAAGAAAAGAAAAGAA